AUGGCUUCAUCCGUAUCUGCCACACAGCUGAAAUUUCUGAAAAACUCCGCGCAUUAUCUCGCCGCCCAGAGUCGUUCCACCUCCUCUCAUCUUCUAUCAGUUCACAACCAGCUGCUCCGCGAUAAAUCGAAGCGGUUGUCUAUCACAAAUCACCGAGAAUUCUGCGGUGCCUGCGGGAGCAUCAGGACAUCCCAUUCUUCAAAAACUAUCAGUAUCAACAAAAAUGGAGUGAAAAAGAAUCUCAAGGGAAAUCGUUCUCCGAAACAGACACUUUCAAUUGACCCUCCCCUCGGAGUGAUAUACAAGUGUCUACGAUGCCAUCGCCGGAAAUUUCAACGCCUACAGAGUACUACCAAACAUACAGAAUCUAAAAAACAACGUCUAGGAGCAAUUGCGUUCGCAACGGAGAUAUCCUCUUCAGCUGGGAGCCUCACAGUCGCGGAGCAGACCACGCAAUCACCAGCCGCCACCACGUUACAGAAAUCCACAGAGAACCUCAGCAGCAAGAAGAGAACCAAAGCACGCAAGAAACAAGACCUAGCGGCAGCCCUCGCAACAAGAAAACAGCGUGCGCAGUCCCAAACCGUGUCGUCGUCGUCGGCGCUGGCUCUGCUCGACUUUCUCAAGCAGUGA